GGAAGUGAUGGAAAUUGUUAUUUAGAAAAAGGGCAAAGUCCUGAACAGUUCGUUGCUGUAGGAUUUAUUAUGAUGGCGAUUUUUUGCUGGAUGAUAUUUGGAUUAAUUACUUUCCAAAUUUAUAUGAUGUGGAAUUCACUAAGCGAAAGGAUGCAAUCAAAACAAAAAUGGCGACAAAUUUUGUUUAAUGAUGGGCUAUUUUAUUUGGGUCUGAUAUCAUCGUUUCAAACAAUAAAUGUAAUAUUCAUCUUAGCAUCCGAAGAUGAAGAUUACCUUAAUCGUUUCAUCAACGUAACACCUGCCCUAAUUCUCACCGUCAAGGCUCCAGCACCAAUUGUUCAAAAUAAUAGUUCAUUUUUUCAAAAUAAUAGUUCAUUUGUUCAAAAUAGUGGUUCAAUUAUUAUAAAUAGCAUGCUAGAAGUUCCAAUAGCUACUUCACGUAAUCGAAGCAUAUCAUCAAAUAAUUCAUUUGCCGGAAUUCCUAUUUCACCACCAACUCCGAUAAUGGUUUCAGAUUUCGGAACUUCUUUAACAACAUUUUUUAAUAAUUAUACAUCGAUAAGCCUAGAAAGCAGUCAACCAAGUAGUAAACAUACUAGCUCUAUUAGGAGAUCACAAGGAAGAGUGACAGAAUCAAAUGAUUAUUAUUAUUUUCGCUACAGCGAAGCAAAUGAAUUUGAUGAUGAUAUAUUCCUAUUUCCCGCUAUACCACCACAAGCCCCCUCAAAACCAAAUGUGAAACCACCAAGACCUGGAUUUUUCUAA